AUGCGCCUCCUCCCUCUCUACGCACUGGCCGCCUGCGCGCUGGCCGCGCCGCGCGGCCGCGGCGGCACCCCAACCAAACCCUCGGCGUCCGAGCGCCAGCGGCGCCUCUACGACCGCGGCUGCCUGUUCAGCCCGGAGGGCCGCGUCUACCAGGUGGAGUACGCCGAGAAGAACGUGGCGCGGGGCAGUUUUGCAGUAGGAGCCGUGGCGCCCGACGGCGUCGCGCUCGCCGCCGUGCGGUCGGCGCACGCGCGGUCCGUGCCCGGCGCGUUUCUGGAAAGGCGGUGGCGCGAGCGCGUGCACCGCGUCGACGACACGAUCGCGUGCGUCGCCUGCGGCCUCGUGCCGGACGCGCUGCAGCUCCUCGCGGCCCUGCGCGACUUCUGCCGGAGGCACCGCAGCACUUGGGGCGAGGCGCCGCCCGUCGAGGCGUGCGCGCGGCACCUCGGCCGGCUCGCGCGCGCGGCGACGGCGCGCGCGGCGGGGCGGCCCUACGGCGCGGCGUUCCUCAUCGGCGGCUUCGACGAGGGCUCGAGCGAGCCGCGGCUCUUCAGGACGGAGCCGUCGGGUGCCUACGAGGCCUACGGCGUGGGCGGCGUCGCGACGGCGGGCGCCGCGCCCGACGGGUCGACCAUCGCGGACCUGGAGCGCGCCGCCGCGGCCUGCGCAGACGUUUCUGACGGCGCCGACGCGGCCUACGCGGCGGCCGUCGCGGCCGCGGAGGCGUCGCCGCCGACGGACCGGAGCGACGCCGUCGCGACGGACGUCGAGCUCGCCGUGCUGCGGCCCUCGGGCUGCGUGAUCUGCGACGCGGACGAGCUCGCCGAGCGCUUCGAGAGGCGCACACCAGCGACGGAGUCAUGA